GGCUAAUGGAAAUCAGUAGCAAGCCGACAACUUCAAGCAACACAAUAUAUCCACAAUAAUAAGCCUGAAAUCAUGUCGAGCUCCGAGACCGAAACCAGCCAAAUUUUGCAACGCCUGAACAGCCUAAAAAUUGUAGAAGCUCCGAGAGACGACAGCAAAAGGGAAUGCUUCUCAUCAUUGGUACCAGCUACCCCCAGCUGCGGGGGACAAGGAAAAUUUCAAACGGAGCCUAAGAAACGACGCAAGAUAAAACUCAAUCGAGUCUACACCUAUGAGGCGGAUACACACUUUAUCAAGGCGCGCAAGUCUUUGAACUUUUAAUCAACAAACAACAACACUACAACAUAACACAACCUGAUGUAAUCAUUAUAAUUAUAAGCAGCACUGAUUUCAAAUCGGAAAUACGUUCCCAGCACAAAUACAAUAAAGUAUAUUUUAUUUCAUCAAUCUA